AUAUGGGGUCAUCGAAUGCAUCAGGGGGAAAUCCAGCUUCAAGGACAUCCUAUGGCAGUCACAGAGAAUCUCUACCUUGCUCUUCAGAACCUACGCUCCACCAAAGAAUACCGAACAUUGUGGAUUGAUGCACUUUGCAUAAACCAAUCCCAGCAAGAGGAGCGUGAGAAACGAGUGCCUCUCAUGAGCUCCAUCUAUAAAAAGGCCCGGAGUGUAGUGAUAUGGCUUGGGGAGUCGUGGAAAAAUUCCGAACUCGCAAUAGAAUACAUGAGGAAACUUGGAGAGAACCAGAACCUGCACAUCAAUCCUAAGCUAACCCCCAGUGCCGAAGUCAAGGGGAAGAGCAUGAAUUCGGGAGAAAUCCAAGAUGCUUUGAAGAAGUUCUUCGGUUUCCCAUGGUGGUCUCGCGCCUGGACUGUUCAAGAGUGGGUUUUGGCCCAAGAAUCGAUGUUUCAGUGCGGAAAUUACGUCCUUGAUGGCCAGUUAGCUAGACGGAGUGUACGUCAUUUUUUCCACCACCAACAUGGAUGUUGCUCGAAGCUCGACGAUCCGGCUCAACUCAGCUUAUUCCAUUCUUUAAUCGUGAUGGAGAGCCUAGAGUAUGUUCGACUGCUUCUUAAUGAAAUAUCUUUCCCCUAUAUCCUCAGCCAGUUCCGUCUCCGACAGGCAAAGGAUAUGCGUGACAAGGUAUAUGGCAUGCUAGGCCUGGCUACCGGCGAAUGCGAACGUCUUGUUGAACCGAAAUACUCACCAUAUACGGUUGAAGAGCUCUUCGAAGCCAGCGCUCUAGCUGUGGUCGAGCGCAAAAAGUUGGAGGUCCUCAGCCACAUCCCCCCAUUCGAACAGCCAAACUUGAACUUGCCUUCUUUUGUUCCUGACUGGACCAGUUCAUGUGAGAAGGAUAAAACUUACACGCGGUGGCUAAAUUGGCUGGGUCGCCUCCGCCUCUACAAUUCAUGCGGAAGCAAAGCUGCUGAUAUGAAAAUAAUUGCUCCUGGAAGGAUUGCUCUUAGGGCAAUCGUACUGGAUGAAAUCGAAGCUACGGGGUCUGUAUUUGACUCCCUUCCGUUUCGUACGGGGCCCCUUUGA